CAGGAAGUGGAAGGCAAUGCGGAUCUCCGCUUGACAGAUUACCUCCUCUCAAUGUUAUCUCUUAAUUUUUUUUCCCCCCUCACAAAUUGAAAUUAAACGUAUUAAUAGGGAAUACACCUAACUAUUUUUGGUGUGCUUCUCAAAUGAGCACCUGCAAAGGUUGCUUAGUGCUCAUUUUGACCUCAUGGAUCCAUUUAGAAGACUUAGAAAGGCUAAGUUGCAGGCUAACAUGCUAGCGGUGCGCAGUCUCCUACUGCCCUCGCAACGUUUAUGAAGUCAACAUGAAAUGUAAACAGCGUGUGACAGGAGGAGGAAGCCCGACCAGAGGAGGAAGACCAUCCAUCUGUGUGUUUAUGUUUCUGUCAGCGGAUGGCCGGGUGAAGAAGGGGCACCGGGAGACGUGAGGAACAAAAAGGGGAGACGACGACGAAGAAGAAGAAGAAAAGGAGAGAGGAUGUAAUUGUCACGUCACUAUGUUUGGAGCUUGACUGAUCACAGCAGGGGGAAGCACGACAAGAAGAGAGCCUGGAAACUAAGUCUUGUGUGUUCUCAUGACAGUGUUGGAAAAACCUGCCUUGGAUUGACUUUGCGAGAACGAGAAGUGGACUUUGUGAACCGGUGGAGGGCAGAGGAGUGGAGGGCCAGGGGACGAACCUGGCCAUCAAACGGACUGGGAGCCUCUCCUCACCUGGGAUCAUGUACCCUCAGGGCAGGCAUCCGGUCCCCUUGCAACCUGGCCAGUCUUUCAAGUUCACCGUCCUGGAAACUCUGGACCGCAUCAAGGAGGAAUUCCAGUUCCUCCAGGCCCAGUAUCACAGGUACAGCGUCAUGUGUACUGUAGUAAACAUAACGAUGAAUACAUCUGUCAGCCUCAAGCUCGAGUGUGAGAAGCUGGCCAGUGAGAAGACUGAGAUGCAGCGGCACUACAUCAUGUACUAUGAAAUGUCCUACGGACUCAACAUUGAGAUGCACAAACAGGCAGAGAUUGUCAAGCGUCUUAGUGCCAUCUGUGCUCAGAUCAUCCCUUUCCUCUCGCAAGAGCAUCAGCAACAGGUGGUGCAAGCAGUGGAGCGGGCCAAACAGGUCACCAUGGCUGAACUCAAUGCCAUCAUCGGGCAGCAGCAGCUCCAGCACUUGUCCCACCACGCCCCAGGUAUCCCCCUCACGCCGCACCCGUCCGGGUUGUCUCUGGGCGCGGGCGGCUCCGGGCUCCUGGCGCUGACGGGGGCCUUAGGGGUGUCGGCCCACCUUGCCGCCAAGGACGAGCGAAACCACCUUGACCCAGAACAUCUCAGAGAGGGGGCACCCAGCAGGAGUAAGUCGGCGUCGUCGACUGACAGUCAGCCGCCGGAUGAGCGUCAGGGCCCAUCGGGCGUCUACGCCUCUUCGCAGGGAGGAACGGAGGCGAAGAGGAGGCGCUGCGACGAAAAAGAGCCCCUCGCGCCGCACUCCUACGACAGUGAUGGAGACAAAAGUGAGGACAAUCUGGUCGUGGACGUAUCCAAUGAGGACCCCAACUCCCCUGUUGGCAGUCCACCUCAUUCUCCACGUGGGAACGGUUUGGACCGGGCUCCUGCCUUAAGAAAAGAGCUUCCAGGCUCCUCGGGCCCUGUAGAGACCCCUUCCACCCCGAACCCAUGUAGCCCCGCUCCAGGCAAAUCCAAGGAUCCCUCACAGAUGGAUAAGUCCCAGUCGCCCUUGUCCAAGUCCAGCACCCCGUCGCCAUCCCACCGCGAGGCCCUCACGCCGGGAGCUCCCGGAGCACCCGGUCCCAGCACUUCCUGCCUUCGCCUGGUCAGCAAAGCGGCGUCUGCGGCUGACCCCCUAGCACUCCGCAGCCCCAUGUCUGUGCCCCCCGGUUCAUACCCGGCUCAUUUUGGCGUGGUGUCCCACGCAGGACUCAACGGGGAGCUGGCCAGUCCCGGAGGCUUUGGCGGGCCUCUCACACUCUCGCCCCAAAUCAGCGCAGCGGCCAGCGCCUACGCCCGAAGCCCCAUGGUUGCUUAUGACUCCCGGUCUCACUUGAGAGCUCCACUGUCGUCCUCUCUGCCUGGCUCAUCUGGCGGCAAGCCGGCUUACUCGUUCCACGUGAGCGCCGACGGGCAGAUGCAGCCUGUGCCCUUCCCCCCCGACGCCCUGCUGGGCCCGGGCAUCCCUCGCCACGCCCGGCAGAUCCACAGCCUGAGCCACGGCGAGGUGGUGUGCGCCGUCACCAUCAGCACGUCCACGCGUCACGUCUACACGGGGGGCAAAGGCUGCGUCAAGGUCUGGGACAUCAGCCAGCCGGGCAGCAAGAGUCCCAUGGCGCAGCUCGACUGUCUGCAGAACCGCGACAACUACAUCCGCUCCUGUAAGAUCCUACCCGACGGGCGCACGCUGAUCGUUGGCGGCGAGGCCAGCACGCUGUCCAUCUGGGACCUGGCCACCCCCACCCCUCGCAUCAAAGCCGAGCUGACGUCGUCCGCGCCCGCCUGCUACGCCCUGGCCAUCUCGCCCGACAACAAGGUGUGCUUCUCCUGCUGCAGCGACGGAAACAUCGUCGUCUGGGACCUGCACAACCAGACGCUCGUCAGACAGUUCCAGGGCCACACGGACGGCGCAAGCUGCAUCGACAUCUCCAACGACGGCACCAAGCUGUGGACGGGAGGCCUGGACAACACGGUCCGCUGCUGGGACCUGAGGGAGGGACGGCAGCUGCAGCAGCACGACUUCACCUCGCAGAUCUUCUCGCUGGGUUACUGUCCGACGGGCGAGUGGCUGGCGGUGGGCAUGGAGAGCAGCAACGUGGAAGUCCUGCACGUGUCCAAGCCCGACAAGUACCAGCUGCACCUUCACGAGAGCUGCGUGCUCUCGCUCAAGUUCGCCUACUGCGGCAAGUGGUUCGUGAGCACAGGCAAAGACAACCUGUUGAACGCGUGGAGGACGCCGUACGGUGCCAGUAUCUUUCAGUCCAAGGAGUCGUCGUCCGUGCUGAGCUGCGACGUGUCCCCGGACGACAAGUACAUCGUGACCGGCUCGGGGGACAAGAAGGCCACCGUGUACGAGGUGGUCUACUGAGUGACCGGACAUUCUGGUUCCCCUGACAACCACUCGCGUAUCCCAUAAUACUGUGGAAGCACCCUCCCCUCUCCUCUCCAUCAGCGGCGGGCUGAAAUAAGUCCGAGAAGUACACUACUCACAAGAAAUGCCGUGUUGAGCUUCAUUUCAGGCUGACCCUGAAACGCACUUACCGUAAUUUCCGGCCUAGAGAGCCUACCUGGUUAUAAGCCUCACCAAGUACAUUUAGAAAGGAAAUACCAUUUGGUACAGACAUAAAUCGCCCCUGUGUAUAAGCCGCAAGCACCCACAUUGAAACCCACAUUGCAACACGAGAUAUUUACCAAGCAAGACGGUAAACAGAAAGCAUUUUCAAAGUUUUAAUACCUCAGCUUAUGUUAACAUAGCAACAACACGGGAGCAAGAACGGGGUUGGUUAAAAAAAAAAAAAAAAAAGCCGCGGCAGCUACACAGUAGCAACAUGGUAGCACAGCACGAACAGGGCCAGUUAAAAAAAAAAAAAAAAACCUCACUGAGAUGUGGUAGUAACACAGCCGCAGCUGCUAGCGCGGUGCUAGCCGCUAGCAUGGCGCUAACUGCUAGCGCGGCGCUAACCGCUAGCGACACGCGUACACAAAAAGCAAAAUAUCUGUGUUAAGGCACACACCGUUGAGUUUGAGAGUGACACGCGGACAAUUUGCGGGAACAAAAGGGGGAUCUGGUUCUAACCGCUAACUUCCAGCACGGCGCUAACAAGGCCGGCAAAAGUCACUUCCUCGACACAUAUUCCACCUGUCUCACUCUUACCGUUUCCGCUCGAGUGCCCCCCCCCCCUUGCGGCCGUUAGAAAAAAUGCACAAAUUAGCCGCAUCACCGCGUUAGCCACAGGGUUGAAAGCGUGUAGGCUGGAAAUUACGGUAAUUUGACCAUCUCUAAACUUCUGAAUGAAUGUCCGACUGUUUUUCGUUUCAGUACUUUUUGCCCAGUUGGCUGUUUUCAAACAAGGAGCUGAACGUCAAAUCAAUGUCCUGGUUCGAGCUGAACUGUUUUUUUUAAAAAGAUAUCUUUGUGUUUUGACAUCACAAUACGAAGAUGAUGUCUUACAAUGAAUCGACAGUGCAACACCAUCACAAGCGGGUGACGAAUCUGCAAGAGAGACUGGAAAAGUCACAGAAAGGCUCACUGUCAAAACAGUCACAAGCAGCUGCUGUAGGCCACAAGUCACGCCCACACGCUCACACGCUGACUUAACUUGCCGGUGUGACGGUCUGAGCGCUCCCCCGUGUUCAAAAGUCUCCUUGUGAUGAAUGCGCAUGCGAAUACUAACAGGGGAACUCUGGGUACGUAGCAGACGCUUACUGGGAAAUCCCCCGGUCUCAUAGUUCCCCUUCUUCUACAUAGACGGAGCUAACAUAUGUUAUAACCUAACCUUAAAAAAAAAGUUGAUAAAAAGAUAUACACAUGUAUGUACGUUCACUGUGUUCGUCUUUCCGAGACGUCCACAGCGAACAUGAACGCUCUGCGACAAGUUGAAAAAGCAUGGAUGGGGAUGUUUCAGACUGGCUGGAAGUUUACAAAUUAUACGUACAUGCACAUGAAUCACAAGGAGACUUUUCAGCACCGGGCCAACUCGUUAGGCCACACCCCUUAAAGGCGCACGCCCAACACAAAUACUGCAGGACGUACUGCAGUUGCCCUUUAUAAAAACGGCGGAACAAAUUAAAGCUGUUUCAGUUUAUCGAAAUUGAUUCGAACCAACGUUCAACAGUUGUGAUUACGGAAGUUACCAGAAGGCCAAAUGAAGUCCGCUAAUAAAGGUUCUUGUGCAUUUUCAUCCUGAAAGUUCAGCAGUUUUUUUUUUUGUCAGGAGUGUACACAUGAGAGUGUAUGCGUGUGUGCGCUUUCCACCGUGUAUACACACACACACACACACACACGGGAGGAAUAUAAAUGAAAAGGAGGAGUCUGUCUAAUGAGUGCUGUUUCCUGAUUAAGAGAUCAGCAGAGGAAGGGAAGCCCCCCCCCGCACACACACAAGGGAGACUGUAAUGAGGUGUACGCUGCCGUACGCUAUGCCCACUGAGAAAUGUCACGAGGCGGGGAAGCAGCCACGUCAUCGAGGGUACAUGACCCCCCCCCCCCCCACCCCACUUUCCCCCUUCUAGGGAAAGAAACAGCUAAUUAAACAGCCUCCUUGCUUAUUAUACUAUUAUCUUAUUUCCGUCUAAUGAGGGGCCACUCUGUUCUCAGCCAACAGUGGGUCCCGCUCACGUGCCCCCCCCAACGCUCCCCUUCAAGUGUUACACAAUGUGUCCUUUUUUUGCAUUCAUAUCAUUGAUUAUCAACAAUUUUGUACUGUACUUGUUUCCAGGCGUUUGUCCAUUUCUACAUGCCUCUGUUCAAAUGUGUUUAAGGUCGCCUGCAGCAGACGUUUUAUUAAACAAGACUUUUUUUGUUUUAUUAUUAUUAUUAUGAUUUUCCCAGUCCCUCGUCGCUCGCAGCAUCAAAUCAACAAAGCCACUAGCUCGUUAUUGUUUGCAUUUUUUUUCCAGUGGGCUUUGUCGUCCUCGUUGCUUUUGUCGAGAACCUGCUAAGAUUUGGAAGCAACUCCUCACAAACGUGGCCGCAAUUGGGACAAAAUGGAAGAAAUAAAAUCGGCAAAACUUUGUUUACAAAGGUAAAUAGAGUGUCAAUUUUAUCUCCCAUAGGGAAGAAUAGAAUGUGAAAUAAACUGGCGACAUUCUGAAACCAUUUAAAGAGCCUGUAAAGUGAAUUCUGAGAUUUGAUUCAUUAUGCGUAUUACUGCAAACGAACAAAGACAGCAAACCAAAUUGUUCCAUUUAAUAGUUUUUCACUCAGCCAGUAUGUGGACAGCGGCUUUGCGCUUGCACGGCCAUAUUAGAGCGCCUCGUUGUCACUGGAUAGAAAACUCCCACGAUAACCUAGUGGGAACUAUUCCUGCCACUGGUGCCGUCAUAACAAAGAUACUAAUCAAAAUGUUAACUUUUUGUACAACAUGCUACUAAAUUCUCAUCGGACGACAGUAGCGAUCACUUGGGAACGCAGGCUUGUUGCACUGAUGUUCAUUUUUAGUUUAGUUUUUUUUUUUUUUUUAAAGUAUUUUGUAGUUUGUACUUCAGACACAGCAAAUGAGUCGGACAUGUGGACAGUGACGCUUUCGCCCGCCCGCCUGCCUUUCUGCCCGUCAGCCACAAUGUGAAUUCUCUCACAAUCCACACGAAGCUGUUAUGUCUGUACAGUAGAUGUAUGAUGGCCAUGCAUUUGCUUUUUUUUUCUCCUCAUGAUAUUUUACAAGCUGAUGUACAGUUUGUUUUUCCUUGAAAAAAGCCGACAAGGCUUUUGUCUUCCCUCCCACGUGCUGUAUAAACAAUGAUGCUAACACUACAAUGUGCACAGAAUAAACCUAACGUGUUAACCUUUA